AUGUCCGUAGCCCGCGCUCUGCAGCUAAACCACCGCCAGCGCCGGACGUUCAUCUCCUCGCUCUUUGGCCUCACCUUCCUCGCGACGGUCCUAACCGUCUCCGCGUCGACCAUCCUGCCCUGCCCGGUGGACCGCGGCCGCUACGCGGACGCGCACGGAGGCGCAAACGCCGCACUCAAUGGAGGCCGGAGGGACGUUUUGGUAGAGAAGAGGCCGAGGAGGUGGAUAGAGGAGACGAGACCCGCAUCGCGUGCCCCGCCAUCGAAUGCGCAACCAUAA